AUGAAAGCUUUGAAGAAGGUUCCGCUUCGUUGGUUCGUCAAAGUUUCGUUCCUUUUCUUAGCUCUUUGCUUGAUAUCUAUAUUUCCACGUUUGCUUCAUGAGAAAAGUAUCAAAAGUAACAGAGUUGAAGGUGUAUACGAAGCUAAUGAAUUUGAAAAGAGUGCUUGGAAUUUGGCAUAUUCUCCAGAAAGUAUUAAGAAAAAAGGUGGAGAUCCGUGCAAAGUUGGAUGGCCUGGACCGGAGUGUCCAAAGGUUCCUGAAGGAGGUAUUUCUGAUAAUGAGAGAGAUUUCAUUGUUGACGCUCUGCAUUCGGCUCUAUCUGCCGAAAAUAGUUGCAGAUUUUCUUUUCAGAGCUGCUCUUUAGGUUCGGUUGGGCAAAAUGGACUUGGAAAAUGCGCUGUUGUCGGACUUUCUGAUACACUUGGGCUUUAUGGUUCACUAAUUGAUUCUCAUGAUACUGUUUUCAGGAUAGGGUUUCUACCCCUGGAAAGAUAUAAGCAUCGUACUGGAGUAAAAACUAACUAUACUCUUUGUAGAGGCUUUCACAAAAAGACUGAAAAUUGUCUGCUAAGGGUUCCAAUCGACGUAUAUGGCCGUUCGCCAAUUAUUCUUUCGAAUCCUUCGGGAAAACAUGAAACAAUAAUUAUUUUGAAACCUCUACAAGAAUUGGAAAUGCUUGACGCAACCAUAAAGAAAAAUAUGUAUAUAGGUUUUCUUGUGAGUUCAAAAACGAAAUUGCGUUUCUCAGCUCUUUCACAUGGUUUUCGAAAGAGUACUGGAUUUGCUUAUGUUUAUCACAUCCUAGCUUCACGAAUAUGCAGUAGCAUCUCCCUUUUCGGGUACUCCAGGGAUAGGAACCAUUCACAUUUUUUUAAUGAUAUCGAAGGUGGAUUUCUUAAAGUUGCUCCAAUUGAUGCCAUACACUCACCUAAGUUUGAAUCUGAUGUCCUGGAAAUAUUAGGAGUUAAAAUUUUUUGA